GAGGAACACACGGUACUGGUGAGAAACUGUACAUUUGAACCAUGGCUGCCUCAGGGAAACUGGCGUCUUUCCGCCUGCCUCCCAUGCCUACUGUCAGUGAGCUGAUAAAGCUGUACAACCUGCGAGCUGAGAAACACCUGUCCCAGAACUUUCUGUUGGACAUGAAGCUCACAGACAAAUUAGUGCGUCAGGCUGGCAGUUUGAGGGAUGCCCAUGUGUACGAGGUGGGUCCUGGGCCCGGGGGCUUGACCCGUUCCAUCCUGAAUGCCGGUGCGAAAGAGGCGAUUGUGGUAGAGAAGGAUUCACGCUUCAUCCCUGGGCUAAAGCUGUUGUCUGAGGCAGCACCAGGCAGGUUGAGGAUUGUCCAUGGUGACAUACUUACCUACAGAAUGGACAGAGGAUUCCUACCAAAUAUCUCAAAGCCAUGGGAGGAAGAUCCACCAAACCUUCACAUCAUAGGGAACCUACCAUUUAGUGUCUCAACCCCCCUCAUCAUCAAGUGGCUGGAGAGCAUGUCCAACAGAACAGGGCCCUUCAACUACGGACGCACCCGACUCACGCUCACUUUUCAGAGCGAGGUCGCAGAGAGGUUGACAGCCAGCACAGGGAGCAAACAGAGGAGCCGUCUGUCCGUCAUGGCUCAGUAUCUCUGCACAGUCCGCAACUGUUUUACCAUCCCUGGCCGAGCCUUCGUCCCCAAACCAGAGGUGGACGUAGGAGUAUUACACUUCACCCCUCUGGUUCAGCCCCAGAUCCAACAGCCCUUCAAGAUGGUAGAGAAAGUCGUCAGGAACAUUUUCCAGUUCCGCAGGAAGCACUGUCAUAAAGGAAUAGAAAAGUUGUUCCCUGAGGCUUGCCGUGCUAAGCUGACACAGGAGAUGAUGCAGAAGGCAGAUGUGGACCCCACUCUGCGCCCUACAGAACUCACUAUACCCCAAAUAAAAGCAUUAGUGGAUGCCUAUGCUCAUAUAUGUAACCAUGAACCCAGUUUCCUCAACUAUGAGUUCAGAGAGGAGCUCCAAAUGAAGAACUUCUCUAGGCAAAGAAACAUGCCAAUAGACGCUUUUAUGGACACGCCAGCCAGCACACAACCAGGCCCUCAGCAACCCUGCUGAAAGAAAAAAGCACAGAAACUAAGAGAAGCCCACUAAUAGCCCCUGUUAGCACAGAGAGACAACAGACUGCUCUUAGCCUUGACAUUUCCACCUGGCAUAAGCAUGCAUUUUUAAAAUGUUUUCCCUGCACGCAGGGGCAAUACCGUAGGUAACUUGGUAUACAUAAAAUCCUGGGAUAGAAACAAGAACUCACGAAGGACAUAAAGGUCCUGGAUGGGUUGGUUCAUCUCCAAGACUUCAUUCCAGGAUAGACAACUCAAAGUAGAAUUAUGUGUUUUUUUUGUGGAGGAAUGACAAAAGCAUGUUAGUAACCCACAAAUAGCUCUUUAAAAUGAGUAUUGGUUCAUAAUGCUCGGCUGAGUCCUCUCUUUAUGUCCCAGUUCUUACUUCAGAUCCAGCUCGCACCUUGUCCUGUGGGACCUGAAACAGACAUCAGUGUUUUCAGGGUGAUUUAGAGAAUGGGAACAACAUGGCAGCACAAGAUCCAAGCCACUUUUCCCUUCCACUAUGUAUUGCUUAGUCACUUGGGAGACAGAGCUUAAAGGGAAGAGGAAAGUGGUGUGAAUUUUUCAGCUUAAUAAAGGUAUGGUAAAAGAGAAGGAGCACACUGUGAAUGCUUCUAUUAUUAUGUUUUGAUCGUGAGAUGUUGUAAGUUUUGUUUUUGUUACCACUGUAUAUAUUUAUCUAAAGGCUUUGGAUUUUAAAUCAUCUGUGGGCCUUUCA